UCGAAUAAACGCAGAGGAAAGAGAGAGAGAGAGAGGAGGAGGAGAGAGAAUAAUAAAGGAAAGAAAUACCCCUAGUUUUUGGGAAAGCCCAAGGAAAUGUACGAAUUGCAGAGAAGUUAAAAACGAACUAUUUUCUUUUCUUUUUCAUGGAAAAACAGUACCAUUUUCCGGAGAAACAAACAUGGGGGACGUGGGAGGAGCUGCUGCUAGCGUGCGCCGUCCAUCGGUACGGCACCGAGAGCUGGGACUCCGUCGCCGUGGAACUCCAGAAGCGGAGCUCCACGCUCCACCACCUUCUCACCCCUCAGAACUGUGAGCAGAAGUACCACGACCUCAAACGCCGCUUCAGUCAAAACGAAGACGUCCCCGAACCCAACGACGAUGAUAACAAUAGAACCGAAGACGAUUCUGCUGCUCCUAUCCCUUGGCUCGACGAGUUGAGGAAGCUCCGAGUCGCCGAACUCAGACGCGAAGUCGAACGUUACGACCUCUCCAUAGUGUCUCUGCAAUUGAAGGUGAAGAAAUUGACGGAAGAGCACGAACGCAGUUCGAGAGACGAUGAGAAAGUAACGGAAAAACCGGAUCCGAAGAGAACCGUAGAGAAAUGCGGAGAGGAGGAGGAGAAGAAGAAAGAUCACGAUGGCGAAAGGGAGAAAACGUCGCCAGAAAACGUCGCCGUGAAAAAGGUUCCCGGCGAAGAUUCCGACCCGGAGUAUCGGUCAUGUAACGAAUCAAAUUCCACAGAUCCGAAAUGUGAGGUUCCAAAUAACGGAUCCGACGAGAUCGAGAAACAACCGGAACCGGCAGCCGGAGGAUCCGAACCGGCUAUGGUCUCUACAAGACCGGCGGUCGAGGACUCGUUUAACGGGAGCUCCGAUACAGUAGCGAGGGGAUCGGCGGGGGCUUCGCCGUUUCGGGAGUCGGAGAAGGGUUUUUCGGAGAGGGGAGCGGCUGACUCGGCCGGGAUGUGGGAAUCGGUGGCCGAGUCAAAAGAGGAGGGCGUUAAAGAGAGUAACAGUGACGUGCAAAGCUCGGCGAGCCUGCCGAGGAAGAAAGCGAACGAGCCAAGAAAUGAGGAUCAAUCUCCCGCCAUCCAGCGAAGCCCCGUUAAAUCUCAGCCGUUGGUUGAUCUCCUCGAGAUCCUCCUGUCUCACAGGUUUGGGUCUGUUUUCGAGCGCCGGCUCGAGAGCCAGGAAACACCCAAUUACAUGAGCUUGAUUCGGCAACACAUAGACCUCCAAACAAUUCGAACGAGGCUUGACGAAGGUUGGUAUUCAUCUGUUGGUGACAGCAAGUUCUUUCGUGAUCUGUUGCUUCUCUUCAACAAUGCCAUUGUCUUCUUUGGGAAGAAGUCCUCAGAAUCCGUGGCCGCCGUUGAGCUUCGACAAAUUGUUCUUAAAGAAAUGGCUUGCAAGGCCCGUAAGCCAGAUCCAGCGCCAAAAGAACAGAAGUCGGUGCCUCCUGUUCCCAAGUGCAUAAAAUCGGAUCCAGAGCCAUCAGAUUCUUUGCUACUUAAAACGAAAAUAUCUGUCCCACUUACUGCUUGCCGCAAACGCAGCUCAAUCACUGCAAAAGCAUUAGCAUCAUCUUCAGCAUCAGACAAGAAAAGAGAGCAGACGACCGCGUUGGUUGAUGACAAGCCAGUUGUAGAUUGGAAGCAGAAUGAUAAAUCCUCUGGUAAGGCUGAGGAAUAUCGCGUCACAAAGAAGAGGACAAGAGAAAGAUUUAAAGCCAAUUCAAGAAACAUGAGCAGAAAUGGCAACAAGGGCCGUCCUAAUCUUAGCACAAACAAGAAUUCGGAUGCCAUUCCCCACACCGGUUUUUCGAGCAGAGAGUCUCACAGUGAGAAUUCCGAGUCUAAGCCUGAGAAAGUGAAGAAGAAUACUACCACGAAUGCUAAUGCGAAGAAGAAAGGCGCUGCGAAUUUCUUGAAUAGAAUGAAGCGGUGCUCAUCGUCCAACAACGGGCCGUCAUUGCUAGAGACAUUGAAGAGUUCUGAUAAUGGCAAAGGAGGAGGUGAGCCGAAGAAGAACGGCAAUGGUAAUGGCAAUGGAAAGCGUGAUUCACGGAAAGAUCAAGCCUUGCGAAAAGGUUCUGGAGGUAAAAAAGUGAAGGAGCAAGGAAGCCCGGCGAAAAGGAGCGUGGGACGGCCGCCAAAGAGAGCGGCAGCUCCAUCCCCGCCUGUUCCAGCUAAAAGGGGUAGGGAAGCUGUUGAAACUGAGGCAGGUGCAUCCCGACAUUCAAAGAAACGUUCAAGGAAAUGAUGGUAGUUUCUCUAACUUUUUGAGGCGUUAUAAGUUGUAACAAUAUGUUUCUUCCCCUUCUUUUUUUUUCUUUUUUUUUUUUUUUUUUAUUUAAUUUUUUUAUUCCACGCCACUCUUCUUAAUUAUUUCUUUUUAAUUUUUUUAUUCCACGCCACUCUUCUUAAUUAUUUCCGUUUAACUUAUAUAUAUAUAGGGGAUGGUAGACUACAAAUCA